AGCAUAGCCGUUUGAAUUUAUGCUUUGCCUCCCGCCUCACCCACCGUUAUCCGUCAGCCACCACCAAACACAGAGAGAGUGUACAAACCGCCAUUGAAAGUUCGUUGCAUUUUGCGCUCCCGAAUUUAAAAGAUUGGAACAUCAGAAUGGGCAUUUUUCACAGCAAGAUCGCUCCAGCUGCGAUCAAAGUCCCGGAGCAGCCGCUGAAUAACCAGCUACAGGAUCCGCGCUCACCAACGGUAAACAUCAACCGAAGUCCCAUCGGAAUCGCUGAGAUCCUCGAAAAACCAAUCAUCACAAAGGUUCGCGACCUCACGGCGGAUCUAACGGAAAUCCUGGACAACACCCAAACUCCGAUCCGUCCCGAAAAUGCCGCCGGUUCCAAACUGCAGUCCCUGCUGGAUCCCCGCUCGCCCAGCUCAUUCGAUCGCACCCCGCUGAUGUUGUCCUCGGCCGGUGGCCAACACGACGAAAGCAACGCGUCCAACGUUGGCCUUUGCGGGACGUCACUCGAGUACGAAGAAAUCAGCUGCGACGAGGGCACCUUCAGCGAGGUGGACGCCGUCGUCACCGAAACUCCUAGUUUGUUCAGCGACAUUAGCUUAAACACCGAACUGAAGGCGGACAUCGAGUGCAUAAUCCAGGGACUGCACGACGCCUCAGGUAAAGAUCCUCGCUCACCCUCGAUCAACAUCCAGCGGACGCCCAUUGUGUUUGAGGAGAAGGACACCAACGAAGAGAAACAAGAGGAAGACCAGAAACAGCGUGAAGAAGCCGAAACAAGUCAAACCGCGCAAGACAAAUCCACUCCCAUCGUCAUCCUUCAGGACGAAAAUGUUGUCGCCGCAGCGGUAACUCCCGUCAAGGAAAAGCUCGAAAGAUUGGCCAUCAACUCGGCCCCGCGGACGCCGCUCGGGUGCGUGACCAACGUGAAAAAGACCCCGGCCAAUAUGCGCAAGACGGCCCUGUUUGGCCAGAUGAAGCAAAACAAUGCCACGGCCAUUGGCGGAAGUGCCGAGAUUGUGGCCAAGAAGCCGCUCCAAACGCGGAUUUCCAAAAUUCCGACGCUCAGAAUGAAGUGAAUGCUGACUUUUGGAAACUGUGCCGUGAUGUUUUUUUUUUUAAAUGACGCUAACUUUUACUUUGUAGUA